AUGUUCGAUUCGCCACACAGACUCCUUGCCCACAACAUCCGCUCCACCGCUUUGAACCCAGCUCUCCUCCCCCCAGCUCUGCGCUCCCUGCGCAGUGCCCUCUUCCCUCACAACGCUCCCGCACCGCCGCGCGCCGUGCCGACUCAAGCCCAGACCCGGGACAUCAAGCGGCAAUGUGCGCGUGCCUUACUCGCGGCCAUGCCGCAAGCGGUGAGUAGCCGGUUCUUUGGAACGGGUGAUGAGGACGUCAUGCUGGAGGAGGUGGAAGAGAUGUUAGACGUUUUUGGGGACGUGUAUCUGAACAAGCAUCUCGUGUUUGGAAUUGUUGAAUUAGUGGUGGUGCGGCUGUUCCCUGAGCUGGCGGUCAAGGGGGUGGCGGAGCUGAUGGAAGAGAGGCUGGGUUGA